AUGAGUUUCGGGUUCGGUGUUGGCGAUUUUAUCGCAGUCAUCAAGCUCGUUAAAAAGAUUCGGACGGACUUUGCAGAUGCACCCAAGCAAUUCGAGCACAUUUCCACCGAGGUUCGAAGUCUAUCGAUCGUCCUCCAAGAUAUCGAGAUAUUUGUUUCUAGCGAUCACGUUUCCGACACCCAGCAGCAGGAUCUGGCUAAGGUCCUCGCCGGCUGCGAAGAGACUCUGAGAGACACGGAGAAGGCCAUAGACAAGUACUGCGAUCUGGAGAAUAAGAGCAAGAGCAUUGCGCAGGUAGUAAGAAGAGCAUGGAAGCGACUAACAUUCGAGCCUGACGACAUCCGGGAGCUUCGAAGUCGGAUAUCGGAUGACGUUAUGCUACUGAACUCCCUCGUCGGCGGCGUAACGAGAGACAAUGUCGCCAGGGUCGUAAAGCGACAAGAUCAACAAGUAUACCGAGAGGUUCUUGACUGGAUUACUCCAAUCGACUAUGCUGCCCAGCAAUCGGACUUCAUCAAUCGGCGCCUGGCAGGAACAGGCCAGUGGCUGCUCGAUUCAAGCGAGUAUCAGAACUGGAUCGCGUCCGCGAAGGAAUCACUCUUCUGUCCCGGAAUCCCGGGUGCCGGGAAAACCAUCCUGGCUUCUGUUGUCGUGAACGACCUACUCGAAAGGUUCCCUCCCGACGGCUCAACUGCGAUUUGCUACAUCUAUUGCAACUUUCGCCGCACGGAGGAACAGAAGCUCGACGAUCUACUAGGCAGUCUUCUAAGGCAGCUAGCGCAAGGUCAGGUCCCAUUCCCGCGCAGCGUCAUGGAUCUCUAUGAACGACACAAAGACAGACGGACUCGGCCAUCUAUCGAGGAGAUUCGCACGACGCUCCAUUCCGUGACAGCUAGCUGUUCCAGGGUAUUCGUGGUAGUCGAUGCUCUUGACGAGUGCGACGUAUCUAACAGCUGCCGACGGACAUUUGUAACUGACCUUCUCCGCCUUCAAACCCAAUCGAGGGUGAAUCUAUUAGCGACUUCACGUUUCAUACCAGAGAUCACCGAGAUGUUUUCCCAGGGCACGAACAAGGAAAUCCGUGCAACAGUGGAUGACAUUGACUGCUAUCUGAAAGGCUGCAUGCUAAGCCUUCCGAGAUUCGUGUCAACCAAUAUUGAUCUCCAAGAAAAGAUCAAAGAGAAGAUUAUCAACUCCGCGGACGGAAUAGGUAAACGUUCUCCGAAGGCUAUCCGAAGCGCGCUCGACGGAUUCGCGACGGGGUCAGAUGCGUAUGAUGCUGCGUACACCGACGCGAUGAAUCGUAUCAAAGGUCAGCUCCCUGAGCAGGAGCAACUUGCAUUCCAAGCACUUUCGUGGAUCGCCUGCGCGAAAAGGCCGUUAAAGAUAGUCGAACUGCUACACGCGCUCGGCACCGAGCCGGGUGCCUCCGCUUUUGAUGAAACGAACAUUCCUGAUAUUCAAGAUGUGCUCUCCAACUGCUGUGGCUUAGUCACCGUCGACGAACAGACCGGGAUAGUACGCCUUGUCCACUACACGACGCAGGAGUACUUUGAAAAGACCCAGAACAAAUGGUUUCCAGAUGGCCAGACUUACUUGACGGAAAUCUGCGUCAGUUACCUGUCUUUCGGCGUGUUCAAAGCGGGGAGAUGUCUGAGCGAUCAGGACUUCGAGAAUCGACUAACUACGUAUCAGCUGUACGACUACGCAAGUAACUACUGGGGCGCACAUGCCAAAUUGGCUACAAGCUACCAGUGGAGCAGUACAUUCCUUGAGAUACAGUCUCAGGUUGACUCUGCAGCUCAAGGACUUCUGGCGAGAAAGAUCUGGUAUGCCUAUUUCGACUACAGUACGCAAAUGCCGAUACAAAUGACUGGGUUGCACCUCGUGGCCUUCUUUGGAGUUCAAAAGGCGGCUGAGUUUGCUCUCCAGUUGUAUGAUCAUAAUGAGAAGGACAGUUUUGACCAGAUACAUCCUCGAGACUAUUGA